AUGAAGGGCAACUUGUACGCAGCAACGUGGAGGGCCCUCAAAGCAGCUUGUAAGGGAGUCUACCAACACCUCAAGAGAUCGGUGGGGCUCGGCGGGAGACUAGCGGGAGGACAACACUUCGUUGCGGAUGAGAACAGCGUGCUGCUCCGAAGCAAGAACGACAUCCUCCGGCGAUGGGCGAGAUUCUUCGGCACCCUCCCCAACACCAAGUCCCCCACCCUGCACCCAGACAUCAUCGAACAAGUGACGCAGAGACCGGCGACACGUGCCACUCGAUGGAUGGGAGCUGCGCUAGACCUCGAGGAGGUCGAACGGGCAACGAACGGCCUGCAGAAUCGGAAGGCACCCGGCAAUGACUCCCUCCAUGCCGAGUUGCUCAAGAUUGACAACGACGACGAACCCAUCGUCCUGGAAUACCUCCAUACCAUCCUCGUUAUUAUUGUGUGGAACGAAGAAGAGAUCCCUCAAGAGUGGAAGGAUGCAACCAUCAAGGUGUUGUACAAUAAGGGUGACCACUUCAACUGCAACAACUUCAGGGGGAUCUCGCUGCUAUCUCACGUAGGCAAGGUCCCCGUCAAGAUCAUCACCAACCGCCUAAGCACCUUCUGCGAAACGAACAAUACCCUCCCGGAGGAACAGUGCGGGUUCCGACCUGUGCGAUACACCAUCGACAUGCUGGCCGGGAUUGCCGAGGAGAUGAUCGCCGCCAUCCGCUUAUUCCACGACGGAAUGCGAGCCCGGGCGCGCAUAGACGACGGGAGACAUUUCGGACUGGUUCUGGGUCACACAAGGCUACGAAAAGGGUGUGUGCGGUCCCAAGUGCUACUGUUCAACAUCUUCUCCGCCGCGGUUGUCGAGGUAGUUGUUCUGCUAUCCAGCGAGGAUGACGUCAUUCUGCAGAGCCUGGUGUAUCUGGCGGAGGGGACGGGAGCGGGGGCGGGGACACCACUUAACCAAGUGCGGAGGGCGGUAUGGGGGAUGCUAGACGCCGAUGACGCCGGCGUCGUAUCGAGGUCUGCCGACGGACUGGCAAGAACGAUGGCCGUCAUCGUGGAGGUGUUCGCGUAG